CAAAGAUACAAAAAAUAAUAUUAGGGAUCAUAAUAAUAAAAUUAGUUGACAUGAAUUAUUAUUCAUUUAGGGAAUCAUGUGUUAAAUUAAUUUUAUUUUGUACAACGUCAAUAAAGUCAUGUGACAUUGUGACCUGUAGGAGGCGCUGCAGCGGGAAAGAACCGAGACGUGAACCGGAAAGAAAAUAAAUUCAACCCCCCGGUGACGUCAAUAAACAUGGCGGCUCUCACGACAGUGUCAUGCUGACCGUUAGCUACGAUAUUUUUAGUUUUAAGUUCAUUCAUUGCAGUUUUUCCAGGCAGAUCAUGGGUCUUUAUUAACAUCAUCGGGUGACGCCAUGUUGUCAUCAGUGGUCCCCAGAGGGACGGUCAGGUCGCUGGUCUCUCUGAGCAGGAGACUGUCCACCAACCAGGACGGAGCUCACCACCCUCCGCCCGAGACCUCCGCUCCUCUCCCGCACAGCGAGGAGCGGAGACCCGCGAAGGACCCCAGCGGCUGCUCCGUACUCCUCUUCCCCGGCCAGGGCAGCCAGUUCGUGGGCAUGGGCAGAGGACUCGUGAAGUACCCGAACGUGAAGGAGAUGUUCUCGGCAGCCCAGAAGAUCCUCGGGUACGACCUGCUGUCUCUGUGCCUGGAGGGACCCGAGGAGGAGCUGAUGAAGACGGUCCACUGCCAGCCGGCGGUGUUCGUCACCUCGCUGGCUGCGGUGGAGCGGCUCAACCACGAAAACCCAAAGGCCAUUGAGACGUGUGUUGCUGCUGCAGGUUUCAGCGUCGGAGAAUUUGCUGCCCUGGUAUUUUCUGGCGCCAUGAACUAUGCAGAAGCUCUGUAUGCGGUGAAGGUUCGUGCAGAGGCCAUGCAGAGAGCAUCAGAGCUGGUUCCUAGUGGGAUGCUGUCAGUCAUCGGUAGACCUCAGGCCCAGUAUAAACAUGCGUGUGCGCAGGCUAAAGAGCACUGCAGUAGCCUGGGGGUCGAGGAGCCGGUGUGCUCCGUGGCCAACUAUCUGUUCCCUGAUGGCCGAGUCAUCGCGGGGCACCAAAAGGCUCUGGAUUUCCUGCUGCAGAACUCGCGGCGUCUCCAGUUCGCGAGGACCAAACCUCUCCCGGUCAGCGGGGCGUUUCACACCGAGCUGAUGCAGUCGGCUACUGAACCCCUCAGAGAGGUGCUCAGACAGGUGGAGGUGCGCCGGCCCGAGAUCAACGUGUACUCCAACGUGGACGGCAAACGCUACAUGAACGAGAGCCACGUGCGCCGGCAGCUGGUGAAGCAGCUGGUGUCGCCCGUGAAGUGGGAGCAAACUCUGCACGAGAUCUACGAGAGGAUGCAGGGGAAGAAGUUCCCUCACACCUACGAGGUCGGGCCGGGGAAGCAGCUCGGGGCCACACUUCAGAAGUGUAACCGGAAGGCCUUCAUAACGUACACUCACGUGGAAGUCACCGCUUAUGAAGACUGAUAAAGCAGAAAAAUGGGCCUCUGUGCUCAUUUUAGUGUGGACAUGACCAGCAAGACCUGUUAAACCUGCAAGCUCCUGUGGUUGCUUCUUAUGGUCUUGUAUUAUGAUUAUGUAAUUAAAUGUUUUUUUUAUCAAUGAAACUACAAAAUGUCAUUAU